CCCCUCUUGCGCCAGGCCAUCAAGAUAAGGAGACGCAAGGUUCAAGACCUGCCGGAUCCCCUGGCCCAAAUGACUCAGAAGGUAGGAGUGGCCCCAGUGGGAAGAAGAGCCAGCCCAGGAGGCCUUAGUAGUCUUGGGGUGUAGGAGCCUGGCGGUGGCACCACCUCCCUGCCCCAGGGCAGAGCCUUCUGGGUGGGCAGAGGGGGUCCACCAUGUGUUCUCUGAGCGUCCGUGGACCUCUGUGCUUUGGGUCCUGAGCGUCUCUGGCUCCUCCUCUCGGUGUCCUGACUCCUGUGCCCUACUCCUCCAGCUCCAAAGGCACCAGCUCUGUAAGGCAGGUUGUCCCUGUUGCAGGGUGGGCUGCCUGGAGAUGCCCUGAGCUGCCCCAGCCUGCUGGGUGUCCCCCGCAGGCAUCCACCACAGCUGCUGGGCCUCACUUCCGCUGCUGGGGUGAGGAGCCGGCGGCCCAGCAGAUAAGCGUGCUGUUUCCUCUGGGGCAGGAAGGGGAGGUGGGGGCAGGUGGCAGAGAGCCUGUGCUGCUGGGCCAGCUGGGCACCCAUGGACCUCAGGCACAGCGGGCAGCGCAGCCCAGGGACUGGACCCCCGGGAGGCCUGCUGUGGGAACAGGUCAAGCCUGCAUCCCACCACUUCUCCCCCAAGGAGAGGGACCUGCUCUAUGAGGAAGCUCUCUACACUGUCCUGCACCGCCUGGGGCAGCCGGAGCCCAACCAUGUGGUGGAGGCCUCCGAGCUGCUGCGCUACCUGCAGGAGGCCUUCCAGAUGCAGCCUGAGGAGCACCAGCGCAUGCUGCAGCAGGCCAGGGAGCUCGAGAAGCCGAUAUUUUGUCUGAAGGCAACAGUAAAGCAAGCCAAGGGCAUCCUGGGCAAAGAUGUUAGUGGAUUCAGUGACCCCUACUGCCUGCUGGGCAUUGAGCAGGGGGUGGGUGUGCCAGGGGGCAGCCCGGGGUCCCGGCGUCGGCAGAAGGCUGUGGUGAGACACACCAUCCCUGAGGAGCAGACCCACCGAACCCAGGUCAUCAGCCAGACGCUCAAUCCGGUCUGGGAUGAGACAUUUAUUCUGGAGUUUGAGGACGUAACAAAUGCAAGCUUUCACCUGGACAUGUGGGACAUGGACACGGUGGAGUCUGUCCGACAGAAGCUCGGAGAGCUUACAGAUCUGCAUGGACUUCGAAGGAUCUUUAAGGAGGCUCGGAAGGACAAAGGCCAGGAUGAUUUUCUGGGCAACGUGGUUCUGAGGCUGCAGGACCUGCGCUGCCGGGAGGACCAGUGGUACCCCUUGGAGCCCCGCACCGAGACCUACCCAGACCGUGGCCGGUGCCACCUCCAGUUCCAGCUCAUUCACAAGCGGAGGGCCACGGCAGCCAGCCGCUCCCAGCCCAGCUACACCGUGCACCUCCGCCUUCUGCAGCAGCUCGUGUCCCACGAGGUCACCCAGCACAAGGUAGGCAGUACUUCGUGGGAUGGGUUGCUGAGUCCCCAGGCCACUACCAUCCUCUUUCUCCAUGCUAUGCAGAAGGACCUGUCUGACUUUCACCAGUCCCUGGCGCACUGGCUGGCCUACAGCCACCUCUACCAGAGCCUGGAGUUCCCUAGCAGCUGCCUCCUGCACCCCAUCACCAGCAUUGAGUACCAGUGGAUCCAAGGCCGGCUCAAGCCAGAACAGCUGGAGGAACUGACCACUUCGUUCACCUCCUUGCUGGCCUAUGGCCUUUCCCUCAUCCGGAGGUUCCGCUCCAUCUUCCCCCUCUCUGUCUCUGACUCCCCAGCCCGGCUGCAGUCCCUCCUCAGAGUCCUGGUGCAGAUGUGCAAGAUGAAGGCCUUUGGAGAACUGUGCCAGGACAGCGCCCCGCUGCCCCAGCUGGUGGCAGAGGCCCUGCGGACUGGCACCGUUGAAUGGUUCCACCUGAAGCAGCAGCACCAUCAGCCCAUGGUGCAGGGCAUGGUAGAGGCAGGCAAGGCCUUACUGAGCCUGGUACAAGAUGUCUUGGGCGACCUGCACCAGUGCCAGCGCAUAUGGAAUAAGAUCUUCCACAACGCCCUCAAGAUUGACCUCUUCUCCAUGGCUUUCCUGGAGCUGCAGUGGUUGGUGGCCAAGCGGGUGCAGGACCACACAUCGGCAGUGGGCAGCCCUGUGUCUGCAGAGAUGGGCGAGAGUCUGUUCCAGCUGUACAUCAGCCUCAAGGAGCUGUGCCAGCUGGGCCCAGGCUCUGCAGACAGGGACGGAGUCCUGGCCCUAGAUCAUUUCCACCGCUGGUUCCAGCCAGCUAUCCCUUCCUGGCUGCAGAAGACAUACAGCGUGGCACUAGAGCGGGUACAACGCGCAGUGCAGAUGGACAAGCUGGUGCCUCUGGGUGAACUGACCAAGCAUAGCACAUCAGCUGUGGAUCUGUCCACCUGCUUUGCCCAGAUCAGCCGCACCGCCCGGCAGUUGGACUGGCCAGACCCAGAGGAGGCCUUCAUGAUUACUGUCAAAUUUGUGGAGGACACCUGCCGGCUGGCCCUGGUAUACUGCAGCCUUAUAAAGGCCCGGGCCCGAGCACUCUCUGCAGGCCAGAAGGACCAGGGUCAGGCAGCCGACAUGCUGUGUGUGGUUGUGAAUGACAUGGAGCAGCUGCGGUUGGUGAUCGGCAAGCUGCCCACCCAGCUGGCAUGGGAGGACCUGGAGCAGCGGGUAGGGACCGUGCUGGAGCAGGGACAGUUGCAGAACACACUACACACCCAGCUUCAGAGCGCAUUGGCGGGGCUGGGCCAUGAGAUCCGCACUGGGGUCCAAACCCUGGCCGAGCAGCUGGAGGUGGGCAUUGCCAGACACAUCCAGAAGCUUGUGGAUGUCAAAGAAUCCGUGCUUCCCGAGGACGCCAUUCUGCCCUUGAUGAAGUUCCUGGAGGUGAAACUCUGCUACAUGAACACCAACCUGGUACAAGAGAACUUCAGCAGCCUUUUGACCCUGCUCUGGACCCACACACUCACAGUGCUGGUGGAAACAGCUGCCUCCCAGCGCAGCUCGACUCUGGCCUCUGGAAGGCUGAAGGUGGCCCUGCAGAACCUGGAGAUCUGCUUCCAUGCUGAGGGCUGUGGCCUCCCCCCUGAGGCCUUGCACACAGCCACUUUCCAGGCUCUGCAGAGGAACCUGGAGCUGCAGGCAGCCUCCAGUCGGGAACUCAUCCGGAAGUACUUCUGCAGCCGCAUCCGGCAGCAGGCAGAGACCACCUCUGAGCAGCUGGGCGCUGUCACGGUCAAGGCUUCCUACCGUCCCUCAGAGCAGAAGCUGCACGUGGAGCUGCUCAGUGCUUCUAGCCUGCUACCGCUGGACUCCAACGGCUCCAGCGACCCCUUCGUCCAGCUGACCUUGGAGCCCAGGCAUGAAUUCCCUGAACUGGCUCCCCGAGAGACCCAGAAGCACAAGAAGGAUCUUCACCCGCUGUUUGAUGAGACCUUUGAAUUCCUGGUGCCUGCCAAGCUGUGCCAGAAGGACGGCGCAUGCCUCCUGCUCACCGUGCUGGACCACGACACGCUGGGGGCCAACGACCUGGAAGGGGAGGCCUUCCUGCCGCUGUGUGCGGUGCCUGGGCUGACUGGCUGCAAGGAGCCUGGUGAGGCGCCUCAGACCCGCCUGCCUCUCACGUAUCCCAUGCCCAACGGGGAUCCAAUCCUGCAGCUUUUGGAGAGCCGGAAGGGUGAUCGUGAAGCCCAAGCCUUUGUGAGACUGAGGAAGCAGCGAGCCAGGCAGGCCUCCCAGCACGCCCCAAGGUCAGGGCAGUAACAGUGGAGGUUGGACUGUGGACUGGCCCCUGAAAGGCUGAGGUCUUCCCUGUACAGUUCAGGGAGUCCCAGCAAGUGGAAGGCCUCUAAACACUGUCAGCAGUAUUUAUAGUAUUCAUCCCGCUGAGUCCUGGCCUCAGCUCUCUGCCACAUCCCAGCAUGGUGUGAGCAGCAUCUCUUGCCCCUGCUCCAUCCUCGAAAAGCUGUCUGGUGGGGUGGGGACCAGGUGGUUGGCACUGGAACUGAGGGACAGAGCCUCCUGAGGAACAAGCGGGAACUACCAAAGAUGGGGUACCAGCUGUCCCGAGGGAAGGGAGUGGCCAUUACUGGAGACAGUCCUGGUAUGGACUUUUGUCUCUGAGCUGGCAGGCAGUGGGACUGACACCAGGAGACAGGAGAAAGGGCAGUCUGGCUGUGUCUGCUGAGGACACCUCCUCCCUUGGACAGCUCCUGCCCAGAAACUUUCUUAGCAAAAAUUAAAAAGAAAAUCCAUGUUCCUCUCUGAAAACCAUGUUGGCCUAAGGUGGGUACUGGAAGGCUUGCGAGGCCAUUUAGCCUCCUCUGCAGCCAGCAAGAGCUUCCCCAACACAGGAGCCCCAAGCUGCGAGCAGGGAGCUGGGUGCGAAGCCCUGGUAAGGUGUUGGUAUUAAUGGCAUUUGGCCAUGAGCUUUGAAGAGGUUGCACCAGGCGUGUCAGUCACUGUGGUUCUCGGGAAGGAUGCCCUGAGACUGAGCAUCUGCUCUGGACAGAAGCAGGGCACCCCUGCCUGUAAGGGGGCCCUGAACACUGGGAGGCAAGCUGGUCAUUGUAGCUGUGAUCCAGGCGGAGUCAUUUAACCACAGUAUGUAGAAACUGUGGAAGGAGGAAGGUGCACAGCUCUGGCCCUGAGACCCUGCAGGGGCACUCACUAAGCAUUUCGCUCCUUCAGGCUCGUAGCCCACUGGAGGGCAGGGUAGGAGGGGUGUGGCUCCCAGAUCCUGGGCCCUGUCCUUCAGGGGCAGGGGCAGGGGCAGGGCAAGGGGAGGCAGGAAACUUCCGUAGCAAAACCCCUUUUCUUUUUUAUGCCUUUAUGCAAACCAUCCCUAUGGGAAGGUGCUGUCUGUUCCCAUGAGAAACAAUUUAGGGGCUCACCACUCACAGCUGAAGAUGGAUCUCUAUAAAUAACAAAGUCACAGGACCUGGAGGUCGGUGUCCAAGGCUAAUGUCCCAGCUCCUUGAUCCCAACAGGUGCAGGUCAGAGGGCUUGUGAGCUCCUCUGGGCCUGAAUGGGCCUGGGCCUCUUCAGCUGAGCAUUCUGAGGCUGAGACAGGGCUCCUGCCCACCUCAGUCUGGAAGCCUCAUUUGGGGGCCCACCCCCCCCAUACAA